GACGCGAGAAGUGGCGCAUCGCAGCCAUCAGGGUUAUGAACAAUUCGGUGUUUUUCAUGCAAGAUACCCUCUGUUUUCCCGCGGAUUAAUGCAAUCGUCGUCGGUUGCAUGCAGCAAAGCGAUGGGGAAUUGAUAGAUUAAACAGUAGCCUAUUAUUAUGAUAAACGGAGACGCUCAUCCCAAAGCCGUAUAUUUGUUUUAUAUGCCGAAAUGAGGCAGGGGGCGGAAAGUCGCCGCAGAAACAGUGGGUUUUGGCCAAACAUCACACAGUUUCAGUCCAUAAUUGACGUUAAAUCGUGGGUUUGCGUUGCUUUUGGUGCAAAAUUACCGAAUUGUGCGAAUUUUGCCAGAGAAAUGCAGCUUGCUUGAAGACACCCCAGAUAUCGGUUGGCUACUGCUGCCAUGACAGGUAGAGGUCUCCUCUCGACUACGGCUUCGCCGGUUGGAGAAUAAACUGGUUGAUUGGGACGUGAUUGCAGCUACGGAACUGCCAAUGUCGGAUGUUAUUAUUAGUGGAGCCUGAUCCUGUAAAUAUAAACGCAAACAUACAGUAAUUCGGGAAAAACUCAGGGAAAAUGUCUUCUCGUUCUGCAUUACCGUCUGGAAACGACAGGGGCACGGACCAUCAUGUGUCUCUAGCCGCCAGUCGCUCAGACAAGGGCACUAGCCUGUCCAGCCGCUCACUGGGCGCCCGCUGCAGGAACUCCAUCGCCUCCUGCUCUGACGAGACUCCGCACAUCGGCAACUACCGCCUGCUUAAGACCAUCGGCAAGGGCAACUUCGCCAAGGUCAAGCUGGCCCGCCAUAUCCUGACGGGCAAGGAGGUUGCAAUAAAAAUAAUUGACAAAACUCAGUUGAAUCCAACCAGCCUACAAAAGCUCUUUCGAGAGGUUCGGAUAAUGAAAGGUUUAAAUCAUCCAAACAUAGUGCAGCUGUUCGAAGUGAUUGAGACGGAUAAGACCCUUUAUCUAAUCAUGGAGUAUGCCAGUGGAGGUGAAGUGUUUGACUACCUCGUAUCUCAUGGGAGAAUGAAGGAGAUUGAAGCCAGAGCCAAAUUUCGACAGAUCGUGUCUGCUGUCCACUACUGCCACAUGAAGAACAUUGUCCACAGAGACUUGAAGGCCGAGAAUCUCCUGCUGGACGCCAACGCCAACAUCAAAAUCGCCGACUUCGGCUUCAGCAACGAGUUCACACUGGGCAACAAGCUGGACACGUUCUGUGGCUCUCCACCCUACGCCGCCCCGGAACUGUUCCAGGGGAAGAAAUACGACGGGCCCGAGGUGGAUGUCUGGAGCCUGGGGGUCAUACUGUACACACUGGUGUCAGGAUCGCUGCCCUUCGACGGACAGAACCUCAAGGAGCUUCGUGAGCGCGUCCUGAGGGGGAAGUAUCGUGUGCCCUUCUACAUGUCCACUGACUGCGAGGGGAUCUUACGCCGGUUCCUGGUGCUCAACCCUACCAAGCGCUGCACCCUAGAUCAAGUCAUGAAGGACAAGUGGAUAAACGCAGGGUAUGAUGAGGAUUCCCUGAAGCCCCAUAUAGAGCCUGUCGAGGACUACAGUGACACUAGUCGCAUAGAGGUGAUGGUGGGGAUGGGCUUCACUCCAGAGGAGAUCAAGGACGCUCUGCUCAACCAGAAGUACAAUGAGGUUACCGCCACUUAUCUACUGCUGGGCCUCAAGAACGAGGAUGGCAGCGAGUCUCGUUUGGCCAGUACCCUGUCCUUGGCACGGAUCCGGCCCAGCCCCAUCACCAAUGGAACCAACAAACACUCCUCGGCCACUGCAGGCUCCUCUUCCUCCUCUUCCUCGCAUAGCAAGACCCAGCGCAGCACCUCCACCUAUCACAGGCAGCGGCGGCACAGUGACUUCUGCGGGCCCUCCAUGCCCGUCAUGCACCCCAAGCGGAGCCCCACCAGCACGGGUGACCGAGAGCUGCGGGAGGGGCGCAUGCCACCGCGUAAGGCCAGCUGCAGUGUGAUGGGCAGUCGCUCGCUGCCCCCCUCCAGCCCCAUGGUCAGCAGUGCUAAUAAUCCCAACAAGUCAGAGAUCCCCGACCGCCGCAAGGAGAUGACGGCCACCACAGUGAGAAACAGUGAGAACAAUAUCCCGGGAAGUGCUAUGACCCGCCGGAACACAUACGUCUGCACGGACCGCUCCAGCACCGACAGACACUCCUUGCUGCAGAAUGGCAAGGAGAACAGCUCGCUGUCCCACCGCCUACCCCCCACCUCCCCCUCCACCCUGAGCAUCUCCGGGGCCGGGGCCUCCUCCUCUGGCGAGCGCUGCCGUCUGACACGGGGCUCCACGAUCCGGAGCACUUUUCACGGGGGCCAGUUGAGGGACCGGGGCCCGCCCGUCUACUCAGCCCCGCCCACCUCCCCCACGCUGUCCCACCACGACGCCAGUCCACUGCCGCACGCCCGCAGCCGCGCCACUUCCAACCUCUUUACCAAACUCACCUCCAAACUCACACGCAGGGUCAAUCUUGACCCCUCUAAGCGCCAGGGCUCAAACAAAUCAGUCUCGGGUUGUACCCUUCCCCAGGGAUCAAAAACAGUUAGGUCACAAAUGAACCUGAGGGAAUCUGCCGAUCUGCGGUCACAAGGUCAGUAUAUGUCACAAGUCGCCAUUUACCUGGGCAUCAAAAAGCGGCCGAGCCCUGGGCCAUCGGAUGUGGCUGGGAUCUGAGGGUACCCCGGGGGCGGCGGGACCCAGCAGAGGUGGUGCUGGCUCUGCGGGAGGCGGCACGGGGCUGCGGCUGCCAGGUCCACCACGCCGGCCCCUUCCUGCUCUCCUGCACCCACGGGGCGUCCGGCGGUUGCGUGGCCUUCAAGGCAGAGGUGUGCCACCUCUCCACGGGGGGUGGUGCCUCCAACAAUAAGACUUCCAACGGGGUACGCUAUACACGACUUUGGGGAGCACCGCUCGUUUUCCGGGACAUCGCCAUGCAAAUCUCAAAGGACCUCGAACUCUGAAUAUAAUGGGGGUUGAGAAGGAUGGAAAGAGAAAUAUAGAGAAAGAGCGAUGUGGGGCUGGACUCAAGAUAAAAUACAUUUGCCCCUGUCUCUUACGUGGCUAUAGCACUACCCCCCUCCGCACCAGUCUCAACCUAACCACCCGCCCCCAUCGCCACACCACCCAGACCCAAAUGUACCCCCCGCGUCCCUCUCACCACUACAACUGAACAGCUUCACCCACUGGAACCUGAUCAGACAGGAAUCCAGCUUAAAAUGUUUUACUGUUAACUCUAGCCAUAAUGACUAUUACUUUUAUGAUUGGUAUCAUUGUCUUUUUUAACGAUCACCAACUCCGUACCGACAACAUCAAAAACAUUCUCGAAAACACUUCUCGCGUUUCGCCGUCUUUGACGCGCGUCACAGUACAGAUAUAGGAUCUUGAUUUGAUCACCCUGUUGCAGUAUAACAUUCCUGCAAUACAGGAAAUGUAAAACUUGUAGUGUAUUUGAGGUUUAAAAAGGCUUCUGAAGUUUGUAAUUUCCACUUCAAAAUUUCAGACUUUAUUUUCCCUUACGAAAAAUGUAUCAACCCAUAAAACAUUUCCAUGAAUUAUAAUCCACAAAAUAAUUCACAUUUCCUGUUGCUGCAGGAUUAUUUUCCUGCUGUAGCUAACUGGCUCAAAUUAAGAUCCUACAUCUAUGUAUGUAUUACUCUUUCUUCUCCCAUUUGAACAUUGAUACUGAUGAAGUGAUCAUCCAAGGACUUCUGUGGACGAUAUGCACAAAUAUGGAGACAGUUAACUCAAUGAUUUGACAAGCGGCAUCAAAGGUUACUCUGUUUUUCUAUUUGUGCACAGUAUAGGCGGGAUUGGAUUGUUGGGCAAUGACAGAGAAGUUGACAUGACACUUUGAACCAGCCAAUGGGAACCUUCAUAUCCAUUUCCACUAACAUCAUCAACUGAAAAAGGUAGUAGGUGGGGAUGUUAUCUCGGACACAUCAUGAAUCUAUCUCAGUUAGUCUUACUGCAUAUGACAUAAAUAAACUGGACUGAUAUAGGUUUCACUUUAGUAGUAUUGUACAAACCAAACACCAUAAUAAGCUAUUAUGUUAAUGUGUAAUGUCAGGCAGUAUACACUUUGGUACAUAUCAUGCUCCAUUUUAGAUAUCAGUGCCAAUACGAAAACUGAAUCUAUGUACAGUGCAUUCGGAAAGUAUUCAAACCCCUUGACUUUUUCAAAAUUCUUUACUUUACAGCCUCAUUCUAAAAUGGAUAAAACAUUUAUUUUUUUCUCAUCAAUCUACACACAAUACCCCAUAAUGACAAAGCGAAAACAGGUUUUUAGACAUUUGUAUAAAACAAAUAUAACAGAAAUACCUUAUUUACAUAAGUGUUGAGACCCUUCGCUAUAAGACUUUAAAUUUAGCUCCUGGAGAUGUUUUUACAACUUGAUUGGAGUCCAUCUGUGGUAAAUUCAAUUGAUUUGGAAAGGCACACAACUGUCUAUAUAAAGUCCCACAGUUGACAGUGCAUGUCAAAGCAAAAACCAAGCCAUGAUGUUGAGGGAAUUGUCCAUAGAGCUCCGAGACAGGAUUGUGUCAAGGCACAGAUCUGGGGAAGGCUACAAAAAAAUUUCUGCAUUGAAGGUCCCCAAGAACACAGUGGCCUCCAUCAUUCUUAAAUGGAAGACGUUUGGAACUACCAAAACUCUUCCUAGAGCUGGCCACCUGACCAAACUGAGCAAGAAUCCAAUGGGCACGACAGAGCUCCAGAGUUCCUCUUUGGAGAUGGGAAAACCUUCCAGAAGGACAACUAUCUCUGCAGCCCUCCACCAUUCAGGCCUUUAUGGUAGUGUGGCCAGACUGAAGCUACUCCUCAGUAAAAUGCACAUGACAGCCCACUUGGAGUUUGCCAAAAGGCACCUAAACUAUUUGGCCUGAAUGCCAAGCGCCAAUUCUGGAGGAAACCUGGCACCAUCCCUAUGUUGAAGCAUGGUGAUUGCAGCAUCAUGCUGUGGGGAUGUUUUUCAGUGGCAGGGACUGGGAAACUAGUCAGGAUCGAGGGAAAGAUGAAGGAUAGUAAGUACAGAGAGAUGCUUGAUGAAAACCUGUUCCAUAGGACAACAGGACAACGAUCCUAACAUGCUGACUAGACCGGACACGUCGCGUGCCCGAGCGUCGCAAAAUACAUUUAGAAAUCCAAGUUAUUCAAUUAUUUCACCCACACUGCUCGCGUGCACCAAUGAGCAUCUGCGAUGCCAAGGGCUAAAACAGGACUCCUUUCUAUUUCUGAUGCAGAUCGCGCUGCAAGUCCUGCCUCUUCCAUCUCCUCGUUGGUUUAUAGAAGCAGGUACCCACAUGCCAUCUCCUCAUUGGUUAUACCCGCGUGGGUGAUUGAAUGAUGAACUGUUGCCGGUUGUCGUGGUAAAACUACGAAAGUUUAGAUACCAAUCGCCAUAUAAAUUAAACGAUGAAAAGGCCUGGAAGGAGGAGAGAUGACUAGAAACAAAUCGGUUGGCUGUUUUAUGUGUGGAUUAAUUGUCGGCGUAGAGGACCUUGUGCCUUUCAGGUAAAAUAACAACUCGAUGUUUAUAUCCCAGGACAAAUUAGCUAGCAACAGCAAGCUAUCUAAAUAGGACAAAUUAGCUAGCAACAGCAAGCUAUCUAAAUAGGACAAAUUAGCUAGCAAGUGCAAGAUAACUAGGCUAAUUGCCAUACAUGUUUAAUGCUUUUCGACCUGUCCCCAAAUUAAUGUCAUUGGUUCAGAGUUUGUUUUGAUAUUUUAACCUGCGUGUCGUGAUCGCAUUUGGUGUAGGGGGACAAAAUAAAUGUAUGCACGAUAGCGCACGAGGGCGUACGAGCACAGCCGGUUUGGGUUCCGUGUUAAUCCCACAGCCAAGACAGCGCAGGAGCAGCUUCGGUACAAGUCUUUGAAUGUCCUUGAGUUGCCCUGCCAGAGCUCAGACUUGAACCCGAUCGCACAUCUCUGGAGAGACCUGAAAAUAGCUGUGCAGCGACGCUCCCCAUCCAACAUGACAGAGCUUGAGAGGAUCUGCAGAGAAGAAAUAGGAGAAACUCCGCAAAUACAGGUGUGCCAAGCUUGUAACAUCAUACCCAAAAAGAAUAUAGGCUGUAGUCGCUGCCAAAGGUGCUUCAACAAAGUACUGAGUAAAGAGUCUGAAUACUUAUGUAAAUGUAAUAUUUCAGUUUUUUAUUUUUAAUACAAUUGCAAAAAUGUCUAAAAACCUGUUUUUCGCAUUGUCAUUAUGGGGUAUUGUGUGUAGAUGGAUGAGGAAAAUGUUUUAUUCAAUCCAUUUUAGAAUAAGGCUGUAACGUAACAAAAUGUGGAAAAAAUCAAGGGAUCUGAAAACAUUCUGAAUGCACUGUAGAUCAAAACUGUGGUUCGUAGCGCUAUAAGUUUUUUCACCUUCAAACCUCUUUAGCUAUCUGUAGCUUUGGUUUCCUGCACAUACCAUUGGAAAGUAAUUCCUUUGCCAAAUUCCUGUUCCGUAGAAACUCUUUUAUCCCUCUGAUUGGCUGGGAUCAAUGUCUGUGUUGGCACUGGUCAUCAUCAAUAAUCAUAUCAAGCCAUUUCUAAGCAUUUUAUCCCCUACCUCUGACGGUUUGAUCUCUCCCUUUUACCUUUCUUGAACAGAGUUGAAUUCAAGUCAUGAAACAGUUGCACAGUGAGUUGUUCCUCAGCAUAAAAUAGUUUAACUCAAUGUCUAAUGACUAAAAGGGUGACUGGGAAAGCCAUUUUUGUUUCAAUGCAAAACCAGUUCAGUGCAGAACAUUGUGCCCUUGAAAGCCACAUGGCUUUGCCAAAAUGCAAAGCUGUCAGGCUUCAUAGUGAACCAAAUCUGGAACAGACCUGGGUUGAAAUAAAUUAUUAUUUAACAUUUCAAAUACCCUUAGAUACUCUGCCCUAAACGUUGGGCAAAAAGAGAGAGUAUUUUAGUAGUAUUUUUUUAACAAUAUUUGCCCACUGAAAUAGGCUACAUAGUUCAGAGAAACUUAAUAUAGAAACUCAAAUAGAGAUAAUACUUGAUCCAGAUCUGUUUUGGAAUAAGUCAUAUUUCUUUCAAUGUGAUGCAAUGCAAUUUUGUUUGGAUUCUAUUCCGUGCCCUGACGUUUUAUCUUCAGCUAUCUCUCAACAUCAAAAUCCGUUUUUUUCUUCUGAGGUAACUGCACAACCGUCCAAUCCCAUUCCUACUGUUACACACGCUGGUGCCUCAACUCUGACACCCUUUAGCAUUUUGGCACUGGUUAUCUUCAGAUCAAACUGGUUUUGUCUACUGUUGAUGACUGUGGGUUGCUGUGAGGUGUGGGGGGGAAUGCAUAGACACACAGAUGAGUCAUUUAGAGAGAGAGAGCCUUAAAGGCAGUGUGACUGGGAUGCUGUGUUUUCCCUCUUGCACCCCUUAUGCCUACAUAUAGUACAUGUUCAAUGCUGGAAAAUAAGCUAAAAAAGGCUUCCUCACAUUCCCCCCUGAUAAGAAUGAAUGAUGUACUAUGAUGUUCAUGUAGGCUACAAGAUUUCUGCCUGAUUAUUUACUGGUAAUACUCUCGAUCUCAGUUGUGGCUUUUUGCUCAUGGUGACAUAACCAGUCAGAACAACGUGGUCAUUUAACUUUUGAUCUCUUUUUAUUUCAAUCUUCACCACAAGCGUUUUUACUGUCCGUAUGUCCGUUUCUUUUUGCAAUCCUCCUCUUGUUUUGUUUUUCGAAAACACUCCCAGCUGUCAUCCACUUCACAGACACGUCGUUAAAUCAUCUCUUCAGAACCUCCUCAGUGCCGUUUGGUCUGCUACGCUGCCACAUGACAGGAUCCCCUAUAGAGGAGAGCAAUACUAAUCUACAACAAUACACAGCCCUCAACAGUACAGACAGAUAGAUUCACGGGCCUGAGGAGGGUCAGUCCUAUGUCCUAUAACAUUGUGGUGUAUAUUAGCAUUAGGUAAUAUAGACCUUGAUGCACUUUGCUUUGACUUGAAUCAGCUCCUUCCAGUGGAAUCUCGGGCAAAGCCCACAAUGAGCCACUGGAGGGUGCCAAUGUCUUAAAUGUGAACACUUCAAUUUGUGGAUAUUUGCACAGGUACUUUAUUUAUUUUUUAGAAUAAUAUCGUAAUAAAACAAUCUGCAUUUAUAUCAGCCAGUUUAUGGCUGUAUAGAAAAUAUAUGAAUAUAGUAUAUAUCUUAGAGCUCAAGGUUUAUUUAUAGCUAGAGCAAGGGAAGUACUUCUAGUUUAAAGCAGUUUCUGUCAAUGACAAUGUGGAACAAUACCAACCUGCAAUCCUGCAUGACUUCAAAGUUUGGGUUUUUGGGAGAGGGGGGGGGGGUUGAAAUGAUUCAUAUCCAUUAUUCAUAAAAAUGCAGUCAGUGUUUGGACAUAUAUAUAUAUAUAUAUAUAUAUAUAUAUAUAUAUAUAUAUAUAUAUAUAUAUAUGGUACAGAGAAAUGGUACCAAGUACAAAUGGCAGGCUUUUGGCCAAUUGCAAUGAUUUCAGUCAAUCUUCUAUUACUUACAGGGAAAUUGGUUCAAUUUGGACAAUUUUACUUCCUGAAUUCUGCAAAUGUAACUUAAAAGGAUUAUCCACUGGAUUUUCAGAAAUGUACUUCACAAGUCUCAGAUUUCCUCCACCCGUAUAACAAAAUGUAAAAUGUGUCUAAUGUGUUGUUGCAAAUUCUGACAUUUUAAAUUGAUGUUUCAAUUCACACUAUCCCUGAUAAACACAAAUGUCAGGCAGAUCUGAUAGGAAAACCGUGGGUGUGUUCAAGCAAUAGUAACGUCUGUUUAAGUCUUUACAGAAUUAAAGUAAAGCAUCUGGUUGAUGAACAUGCUAAGGUGAAGGAAAAAAAAUGAAAAAAAAAAAAUGAAAAAUGUUUCCAGGUGGAAUAUAAUACAAACCUAUGAAUUGCAGAAAGAUAGUUCGAUGUGUGCUGGUAUGCCUAUAAGAGACUGUCAGUGGUAUAGAUGGUUGUUGGACACAGUAUUGUGACCCCAGGGGCUCAGUAUUUAAGUAAUGUACAUUGUCAUGCUAGAACUGUUUAUUUUUGGAAAUGAUGUAAUAUGCAAUAGAGGCCAAUGAAACGGAUGAAGAGACACAUUUUGACCUGGACGCCUAGUUCUGUACACCCCUUGACCCCUUCAGAAACAAACCAUGUGAGAUUGUGUUACCCAAAAGCCCUGUUGCUUUUGGUCUAGAGAGAAAGUGAGAAACAUGGAGCGGACGAGAAAUUAAAUUCACAGAUGUUGCCAUUG